UGAAUUAUUUCGUGUCGAAAAGUUAUAACGAGGACGUUGCCUCCUUGCAGCCUCUGCAACCCACCUGCAGCAAGGGACGAGAGUGUAAACAAAAGCAAAAGGAUAAGUGAUGAGACCUGAAGAGCGUGCCUCUUCUGCCCCCUCCGUGCUCUGUUUUCUGCGUCUUUCCGUUUUCCAUCUUCAUCUUGGCCUUUGGCCCUGCUGCUGUGCUUCCAGCAGAUAAUGUGUCAUGUACUGCUCCGUUGGAGCACCGGAGGAAGAAGAAUGACGUGAGAUUCGAUCUAGUUCAAUCUCCCCUUCUUUUCAUUCCAUCCACCAUCGAUCCACACAUUCAUUCCCCCACACCACAGUGUGUGCGUGGGUCUUCUCCAGUCUUGACUCCUCCCCAACCACCGCUCCGACCAACCAACAAUGCAGCUCCCUCUCCUCCUCCUCUUCCUCUUCCUCCUAGCCCUGGCCUCGCCGGCGCUCGCCCGCCGCCACGCGCCUCCGGACACCACCACCACCACCGAGACGCUCGACGUCGCCGCCUCCCUCUCCCUCGCCCGCGCCGCCCUCGUCUCCACCGCCGACCAGCUCCUCCACCACUCCUCCCUCGCCACCGCCACCACCACCACCAGCGAGACAUUCAAUGGCGACCUCACCGGCAACAACAACAACCGCCUCACCCUCCACCUCCACUCCAGAGACUUCCUCCCCACGAGGACCUUCAGGCCGAGCUCUUCAAUGGCGCCCCGCCACGCGACCUACGAGUCCCUAAUCCACGCGCGCCUCCGCCGCGACGCAGCCCGGGCCGCGGCAGUCUCGGCCCGGGCGUCCCUCUCCUCCGAGGGCCUCACCAUCUCCUCCGCCGGCGGCCUCAUCCCCUCCGACCAAACGCCCAUCUUCUCCGCCUCCGCCGCAUCCGCCGCGGCGCUCCUCCAAGGCCCCGUGGUGUCCGGGGUCGGGCAGGGCAGCGGCGAGUACUUCUCCCGCAUCGGCAUCGGCAGCCCGGCGCGGCAGCUCUACAUGGUGCUCGACACCGGCAGCGACGUCACCUGGCUGCAGUGCGCGCCCUGCGCCGACUGCUACGCGCAGUCCGACCCGCUCUUCGACCCGGCGCUCUCCUCCUCCUACGCCACCGUCCCCUGCGACUCCCCGCACUGCCGCGCCCUCGACGCCUCCGCCUGCCACAACAACGCCGCUAACGGCAACAGCUCCUGCGUCUACGAGGUGGCCUACGGCGACGGCUCCUACACCGUGGGCGACUUCGCGACGGAGACGCUCACGCUGGGCGGGGACGGCUCCGCGGCGGUGCACGACGUGGCCAUCGGAUGCGGCCACGACAACGAGGGGCUCUUCGUGGGCGCCGCAGGGCUUCUGGCCCUGGGCGGCGGCCCGCUGUCGUUCCCGUCGCAGAUCUCCGCCACGGAGUUCUCCUACUGCCUCGUCGACCGAGACUCCCCCUCCGCCUCAACCCUCCAGUUCGGCGCCUCCGACAGCUCCACGGUGACCGCGCCGCUCAUGCGGAGCCCGAGGAGCAACACGUUCUACUACGUGGCUCUAAACGGGAUCUCCGUCGGGGGAGAGACGCUCUCCGACAUCCCGCCCGCCGCGUUCGCCAUGGACGAGCAAGGCUCCGGCGGCGUCAUCGUGGACUCCGGCACGGCCGUCACCCGGCUCCAGUCCUCCGCCUACUCCGCGCUCCGGGACGCCUUCGUCAGGGGCACGCAGGCGCUGCCGCGGGCGUCCGGGGUGUCGCUGUUCGACACGUGCUACGACCUGGCCGGCCGGAGCAGCGUGCAGGUGCCGGCCGUGUCGCUGCGGUUCGAGGGCGGCGGGGAGCUGAAGCUGCCGGCGAAGAACUACCUGAUCCCGGUCGACGGCGCCGGCACCUACUGCCUGGCCUUCGCGGCCACGGGGGGCGCGGUGUCCAUCGUCGGCAACGUGCAGCAGCAGGGGAUCCGGGUCAGCUUCGACACCGCCAAGAACACCGUCGGGUUCUCCCCCAACAAGUGCUAGCUCCGACGAAGUGAGCUUCGGAUUAGCGAGAUCAAAUUAGCACGAUGGCAGUGAGUGAUUAGUCUGUGGUAAGCAAGUAAUUAAGUGAAGAGAGUGUGGGACAGGGGGAGUGAUGAGGAGGGACUUUGGGAAAAGGGCAAAGGCGAGGACAAGAACCAAUGCCAGCCUGUGCUUGUCUGAAUGAUGAUGAUGGGUCUAGUGUACCGUACUGCUACUAGUGUCCUCCUUGUCGUCGUCCCGCUCUUCGUUGUGUUUGUUCAUUCGUGUAUGCAUGGGGAGCAAGCACGAAUUUGUUCAAGCAUGAAAAAAAUUCCUCCGUAAUUUGUGCUCAGGUGUUUUUAUACUGGAUUGCUUCGGGGACACGAGU